CCUCUCUCCUCUCUCUCUCUAUCUCAACAAAAGAAGUAAAGAACAUCUCAUUUCAUUUCAAUCGUCGUUACCUCUCUUGAACCCUCCCUCUCUGCUCUCUCUCUCUCUCCUCUCUCUCUCUCUCUCUCUCAUCUCUUGACAUCGCUUUCUCUCUCUAUAACUAUUUGUAGAUAUAUAUAUAUUAUAUAUAAAUACACGCACGCGCGAGGUUUUGUAUGUAAUUUUGUGUGUAAUUGCCUGAUUGUGCCGUCGUCAAUUUCUGUUUUGGGGGGGAUUGAUUCCGUAGUGUCAGUGGUUUUUGUUGUGAUAGCAGUGGUGGUGGAUACUGAUUUUCGAUCCUCGAGUUUGAGUUCGAUUCUGAUUGUUGGGGAAAUGGAGUCGCCGGAGAGGGGGAGUCCGGUGGCCGGAAUUGCCAUGGAAUUUCCGGCUAUCGAUGGGCUUUUAUCCUGCUCACCUCCGACCAUGCCGCCGUGGCUGCGACGGAGGCUCUCGGAGACGAAGUCGCCGACUCCUUCGACUGUUGAAGAAAUUGAGGCCAAACUCCGUGACGCCGAUCUUCGUCGUCAGAAAUUUUACGAGAGUUUAUCAAACAAGGCUAGGCCAAAACCGAGAAGUCCUUCACGAUCUUCCUCUAAUGAAGAUGAUCCUGGACAACGCCUUGAGGCUAAGCUCCAAGCUGCUGAAGAGAAAAGGUUGACCAUUUUGACUAAUGCUCAGACACGAUUGGCUAAGCUUGACGAGUUGCGGCAAGCUGCCAAAACACAGGCAGAAAUGCGCUUAAAAAAGAAGCGUGAUGAGUUAGGUACAAAGGUCGAAAUGCGUGUUCAACAAGCAGAAGCCAAUAGACAGCGUAUGCUUCGUGCUUAUCGGCAAAGGAGGGCAACUCUGAAGGAGAGGACAUCUCAGUCAUUGAUGCGGCGAACGGCUCGAGAGAGCAAGUACAAAGAACUAGUUCGUGCUGCCAUGUGCCAAAAGCGUGCAGCUGCUGAGAAGAAGCGGCUGGGAUUGCUGGAAGCAGAAAAGAAGCGGGCGCAUGCAAGGGUCUUGCAGGUGCUAAAGGUAGCUAGCUCUGUUUCUCACCAGCGAGAGAUUGAGAGAAGUGAAAUGAAGAACAAGAUAGAAGAUAAACUGCAGAGGGCAAGGAGAAAGAGAGCAGAAUAUUUAAAGCAGAGAGGAAGACCAUAUGAUAUUGCUUUUGAUAGUUGGGACACUGUGGAUGAGCAUGCUGACAACCUUGCCAGAAGAUUAGCAAGGUCCUGGAGGAAUUUCACAAAGCUGAACAAAACAACUGCAGACCUUGCUAAAGCUUAUAAUGACUUAAAUAUUAAUGAGAAAUCCGUGAAGUCUAUGCCAUUCGAUCAGUUUGCAUUUCUUAUUCAGUCGAGUGGCACUCUUCACACAGCUAAAGCAUUGCUUGAUCGGCUUGAAACUCGGUACAGAUUGUCUAAAUGUACUCCUAAUACUUCUGGCUGGGAUGACAUUGAUCAUCUUCUCAAGCGUGUCGCCUCACCGAGGAAGAAGGAAACACCGAAGAGAGCUGUCUAUGGUAGAGUUGAGAAGAAGACUUCAUCGAGCAGACAAGCUUCAAGAACUUCUGUUAACAUGUCAAGAUACCAAGUGAGAAUUGUUCUAUGUGCUUAUAUGAUACUGAGCCAUCCAGAUGCUGUAAUCAGUGGUCAAGGAGAGCGUGAGAAGGCCUUGGUCAAAUCUGCCGAGAAAUUUGUGAAGGAGUUAGAUUUGCUGAUAAAGAUACUCCUAAAUGGGCCGUUGCCAAUUUCUGAUGAGGAAUCUGACCAAGUAACAUCAACUCUUCGCACCUUCAGAACUCAGCUUGCAGCAUUUGAUUCUGCGUGGUGCUCCUUUUUGAAUAGCUUUGUGGUGUGGAAGGCCAAGGAUGCUAGGUCGCUGGAGGAGGAUUUGGUCAGGGCUGCUUGUCGCCUUGAGCUUUCUAUGAUUCAAACCUGUAAGAUGACUCCUCAAGGGAAUGUUGCUCCUCUCUCAUAUGAUAUGAAAGCUAUCCAAAAACAGGUAUCUGAAGAUCAAGAACUUUUGAGAGAAAAAGUCCUACACCUUGGUGGAAUUUCUGGUCUACAGCGUAUGGAAAAUGCACUUUCUGAUACACGAAAGAAAUUUUUUGAAGCGGCAGAGAAAAGGAGCCCAAUCACUCCAUUGACCCCAAUUAUGUUAUCCCCAAGUUCAACAUCUUCGUCUUCUCUUGUUACGUCAGAUAAAGCAAGUAACUCAACGGCCUCUCAAAAGCAAAGCUCGGUGGUGCGGUCUUUAUUUAAGGAUGAAGUUGAUACCAAGGAGAUUAGUCCCUCAUUGUUAAGCCAUAGCAAUUCUAAAAUUUCCAGGGAGAGUUUGGACAUAGAAAAUGUGAGGAUUGUCAAUGAAUAUGUUCAUGGGGCGCGUCUUGCUUUUGCUGAUAGCUCCAGUCCAGAUGCUGAUCAUCAAAGUGACGUCAUGGCAAAAUUGAAGGAGUCAAUGGAGAAGGCUUUCUGGGAUGUUAUCAUUGAAUCUGUGAGACAGGAUGAACCUAAUUACAGUCGUGUUGUGGAUUUGAUGGGUGAGGUGAGGGAUGGGAUUUGUGGAAUGGCACCUUAUAGCUGGAGACAAGAAAUUAUUGAAGCUAUUGACCUGGAGAUUCUAACUCAGGUGCUGAAUUCGGGGAAAUUGGACAUAAACUAUCUUGGCAAGAUCCUAGAAUAUGCAUUAACCACUUUGAGGAAGCUCUCUGCUCCGGCUUAUGAGGAUGAAUUGAAAGAAAAGCACCAGCAAUUUAUGAAAGAUCUGGCGGAGACGUGUUGGGCCACUGGGAACUCAGAGAAUGCACAAGUCGUUGCCUUAAUUAAGGGCUUGCGCUUUGUUCUAGAGCAAAUACAGGAACUCAAGCGAGAAAUCAGCAAAGCACGUAUCAGAAUGUUGGAACCAUUUCUGAAGGGACCUGAUGCAUUAUAUUUUCUCGGAAAAGCAUUCACCAUUCGCUACGGGCAUCCUUCUAAUUCUCUGACGGCAUUACCCUUGACUGCCAAAUGGCUUUCAUCUGCACGAGAAGGUAAAGACGAGCAAUGGAGUGAACACACGAGCUUACUCUCGGAGUUGACAAGGAGGCAGUACGAUUCAUCAAAUUUUCUUCCUUCGUCCACUCUCCGUACUGGAGGAAGUUCAUUAGUUAAAACGAGAGCAAAUCAAGCUGACGUGUCUUCAACUUCAAAUCCAACAACUUAUAUUGAAACAAUUGACCCUCAUUUGGAAUGCAAGGGAGACGAGAUUGAUUUGUUGGUAAGAUUAGGCUUGUUGAAGUUGGUAAGCAAGAUAACUGGUUUGGGAGAGAGUGAACUUCCAGAAACUAUGAACCUUAAUCUCUCCAGGCUAAGAAGUGUGCAGUCUCGAGUUCAGAAGAUUAUUGUGAUAGCAACAAGCCUUUUAGUCCUGCGACAAACUCUUCUGAGUCAGCAAAUAGUAAGCAGCCAAGCACAGAUGGACAGUAUUCUUAUGGGCAGCGUUAAACGGCUUUCCGAAUGUCUGGAUUCAGUUGCAGAAGCUGGUCUACAAGACAUAAUCGAAAUACUCACCUCCGCUUUAGAGGAAGAAGACAAGACAUCAUCGAAGCUACAUCCUAUGAAGGAAAUAAUGUCAAGGAUGUUAAGCAAAAGCCUGCAAGAAGAAGAUGCUGUUUUCACUCGAGUUUCUCGAGCUGUGUACUUGGCUGUAAGAGGAGUUGUGCUUGGUGGAACUGGGAAACGAGGGAGAGAAUUGGCUGAGGCGGCACUGCAGAAAGUCGGGGCGGCUCUGCUCGUCGAUGAGGUGGUGGAGGCUGCUUCGGCGGUGGUGGUGGCGGCGAAGGUGUCCGUUAUCGUUCAUGGCCCUUGGUAUGCUAAUUUGACAAAAGAGUGAACAGUGCUGCUAUAGUCAGUUUGGUUGUCUUGUUUGUAUAUAUAUUAGGUUUGGUAUCUACCUGAUUUGUUGUUUGAUGCUAUGAUGUAUAAAUUAAGGGGUAGGGGUGGGGUGGGGUUGGGUGGUUUGUAUAUAUAUAUUAGGUUUUGUAUCUAUCUAAUUGGCUUGAAAACAAUGAAAAAUGUUGGAAUAUUGCAUAUAAUGAAUAAGAAGCUUCUGUUUCUAGCCAUUUAA